AGCGUGCUGGAUCUCGGCGCUCGCAAUCCGCCGAGUUGGACCUCGAGCCAAGUACCUCCUCUCGCAUCAAAAGUUAACCUUAGCGAUAUCGUAGUUCAUCUCCUCUUUCGCGUUAUUCAUAUCAAGCAUAUUCUCUAUCCAAGAAAUUUCCCACAGCGCACCCACUUCGGCGUAGAUGGUUGUCGGCACACUCGUCACAAACCCGGUGAAAAUGAGGGAGCGAUCGUUCUUCUCGACCUGGGAAGACGGUAGCAUAUGGCGAUAGAGACGGAAGGGAAUGUAAUCCACCUAUUGAGGGCGGGAAGUGGGAAGAUUCUUCAAUACAGGAAACUUCCCGAAGACUUCUUUCUCAGCUUCUGCUUGAAGCUCCGCUCAGUGGACAUCCGUUUCGGGGGUUUCUUCGGUAGUGGUGCGGUUGUUCGAACUUGGAGGGCAGUCGGAGGGUGGAAGAAUUUUAGUUCAAAGUCCCAGUCUUCGGUAAAGAUCGCGGUAUUGCAAGGGAAACACUCACUGUUUGGGAGGGCGGUGGUUAACCCGGAAAGUGAGGUGGUGCUUGCGCGAUGGACUGGGAGUCUGGGAUGAGGUAUCUUGAGUGGAGUUCUUUGAGGAAUGUAUCUUUGCCGUGGUUGAGCGAGAUACCUGUAGUGAAGAAUAGUAGACUAUUGAGAAUAGUCAUUUUA